AUGACUGCCUGGGUUAUCGCUCUAGGCACAGGUGCUGGCUGCCCUGCUGAGGAUGCUGGCGGACCAGAUGGAAACAGCGGCCGUCCUGACGGGGAUGCUGGCCGUCCCGAUGAGGAUGCUGGCCAUUCUGAUGAAGGUCCUGGCCACCCUGAUGAAGUUUUUGGCUGCCCUGAGAAAGAUGCUGGUUGCCCUGAGGAAGAUGCUAGCCGCCCUGAUGAGCCGGAACUUCUAAGCGUUAAUUAUGGCCGACGUUACCUUGGAGGUGGGGUGUCUCUACGCCAAGAAAAGUUCGACUGGGUCAUGGACAAAGCGGAGUCGGACUCUGGCUGCUGUUUCAUGUUGUUCCGGUGCCUGUACAAGGACGAGGACCUGGUCAACAGGAGUGUGACGGGCCAGCCCUCCAGGCGCAACCUACAGUAUGACGCUGUGAAAAGAAAGCCGAUCACACCAGCCAAAGUGGACGCAAUCAAAGAAAUUAACUGGUGUGAUUUAUGGCACGUGCGAGCUCGCAUGCGGAGCCCAGAUAUUGCAGUUGCCAAAGGAAGCUUGCCCCAACGGUUCUAUGCACGUAAGUCACAAGAAAAUGUUUCCGCUGCCUUCACGCUUUUUUGUUGUUAUUUUGCGGGUAUUAGUUAUACGACAGAUGCC